GUAAUGAUUUCAUAGAGGAUCAGAAGCUCGUGAUGAGAAUUUUCCCUCUUUGCAGGUUCUUAACAGCGGCAGAUCAGCCCAACCAAAGGAAUUUCUCCCUCUCUCAUUCUCUCUCUUUCUCUCUCCUCCUUAUUUUCUCGUGAUCUUCAUCUUCUUUCACCUCUCCUCUCCCUCACUCUUAUAAAAAAUACAACAUUUUAUUCAACCAGUCAACCCUUCUAUCAUUCUCUUUUUUUGUACUACUACUUCUACUACUAUAUCUCUAAAAUAUUACUACUAUUUCACUAGUUCUUCUUUUAUACCUUAAAAAACAUUCAAUAUUCUUCUUCUCUCAACAUAACUCAAUUUUUUCCUCCUCAAAAAAUUGUAUUAUGGAAGUUGGUAAUAAAAAUAGUAGUAAUAGUAAUGGAGUAAGACAAUAUGUUAGAUCUAAAGUUCCUCGUUUAAGAUGGACUCCUGAUCUUCAUCGUUGCUUUGUUCAUGCCAUUGAACGUCUUGGUGGCCAAGAGAAGGCUACACCUAAGCUUGUUCUUCAACUAAUGGAUGUAAGAGGUUUAACAAUUUCUCAUGUGAAAAGUCAUCUCCAGAUGUAUAGAAGCAUGAAGAUCGAUCAUACUAGACAAGGAGACAAGAGCUUCACCCAGCAAAGGAAACAAGCUUUUGAGAAUCAUCAUAAUAACAAUGCAAGUACUACUAAUUAUAUUAUUGAAGAAGAAAAGAAAGAUGUGGGGUUACAUCUUAUCUGUUCCUCAAAUACUACUAAUCAUCUUCUUCAAGAUCAUCAACCAACCAUUUCUGCUUCUUUCCCCCCUUCUAAAAGGGCAAGAUUGGAGGAAAGGUGUACUAGUAGUAGUAAUAUGAUGAUGAUGAGAGAGAAAAUGGAAUGCAGCCAAAGAGAAAAGCAGCAGAGGAUGGGAAUAAUGAGUGAAGAGGAGGAAGGAGUGAGAAAAAAUACAAAAUUGUACUGCCAGGUUGAUGAUUACAAAAGUCAGCUGGAGUCAAUACUUAAUAAUUCAAAGAGUGAGACAAAAGAAGUAGGAGUAGUAGGAAUAUCUUUAAAAGGUGAUAAUACUAAGGUGCAGGAAGUUGAAGAAGAAGAAGAAGAAGUUGGAUUAUUGGAAGAAAGAGGUCUGAAUAUUAUCAGAUGGCAGCAUCAGCAUCAGGAGACUGACCAGGAUCAUUUUUACAAAUUCCAUCAUCUUCUUGCACUACAUGCACAUCCAUCUCAUUUUCUUAACUUUCAGGAAGCCAUAUCAUACGAACAUUCUGACCAAAAUCAAGCACAUUACAUUUACCACCCACAGACAUUCAUCGGUCCUGAGAAGCUAAGCAAAGAUGUAUGCAAAGAAAUCAAAGCCACCGCCGCCGCGGACGAUGGCGAAGAGUUAGCAGCUGGAAGAAGAGAUGAUAAAUGUGGCCUAUCCUUAUCUCUCUCCUUACCACAAACAACAUCACCAUUGUUAAACCAAAGAAGCAGCAACAAUUCUUCCACUAAUGUUAGUGAAAUUAGUGAUCAGGCAAUGAGUUCAUACUCUUCGUCGUCUUCUACGUGGGAGGAUCACCACCAUAGUCUUAAUCUUGAUCUAUCAAUUUCUCUUUGUGGUAGUUAAUUAAGUUUAUUUUCUUUAUCAAGGCAUGAUUAGGUAUUAUUAUUAACUUGUAGAAAAAAUUAUGAGUUUCAGUUAGUUAAUUUAUAACCAAUUGCAAAAAAAAAAAAAAAAAAAAAAUUAUUAUAACUUUGCCACUUA